AUGGUAAAGAAAUCGAAUGGAAAAUGGUGUAUGUGUGUAGACUAUACCGGACUAAACAAGGUGUAUCCAAAAGACUCGUACCCUCUACCUAGAAUAGAUCACUUGGUGGAUGCCACAUCAGGUCAUGAACGAUUAAGUUUUCUGGGUGUAUUUUCUAGGUACCAUCAGAUCUCCAUGUCAGAGUUGGACCAGGAGAAAACCUCGUUCAUAAUCGAUAUUGGGAUGUACUGUUACAUGGCCAUGCCAUUCGGUUUGAAAAACGCUAGAGUAACUUAUCAGAGAAUGGUGAAUAAGGUCUUUAGAGACUUGCUUGGGAAAGUUAUUGACGCGUAUGUAGAUGAUAUGGUUGUUAAGAGUAUAAAGUCCAACAACUAUGUUAGUGACCUACAGAAAGUGUUUGACAUGGCCUGA